AGCUGAAAAUGGCAAAAAUAGAAGCAGAAGAUCACAGAGAAGCACUCUCAGUCUUCUUUAUCUCCCUGAACUAAAACAAUGGAAGUAUUACAGCGAAGUAGCCCUGAAGGCACCUUGGAUGAGAAUACUAGAAACCCAAUUUACAAAUAUAUUUUCAAUGAUUUACCAAGAGAGUUUAUGUCAUCCCAGGAAAAAGCAGUUAUUAAAACUACUGAUGAUUAUUUGCAGCCUCAGUUUGGCCCCAACAGACUUGUGCAUUCAGCAGCAGUAUCAGAAGGGUCAGGACUUCAAGACUGCUCUACACAUCAAACAGCAUCAGAUCACAGCCAUGAUGAAAUAUCAGACCUACAGAGCUACAAAUCAAACAGUAAAAACAAUUCUUGUUUUAUAUCAGCAUCCAAGAGAAACAGACCUGUCAGUGCUCCAGUGGGUCAAUUGAGGGUUGCAGAAUUCUCUUCUUUAAAAUUUCGGUCAGCCGAGAAUUGGCAGAGAUUGCCUCAAAGACACAAACUUCAACCAAGAGUGAUUAAAGUAACAGCUUACAAAAAUGGAUCUAGAACAGUCUUUGCCAAAGUUACUGUACCAACCAUCACCUUGCUGCUGAAAGAGUGCACAGAAAAGCUGAAUCUGAACAUGGCUGCAAGACGAGUGUUCUUGGCAGACGGCAAGGAAGCCCUCAAACCUGAAGACAUACCCCAUGAAGCCGAUGUUUAUGUUUCAACGGGAGAGCCCUUUUUAGAUCCAUUCAAAAAAAUUAAAGACCAUCUGUUAUUAAUGAAGAAAGUAACUUGGACAAUGAAUGGGUUGAUGCUUCCUACUGAUGUCAAAAGACGGAAAACCAAGCCUGUUCUUUCUGUUAGAAUGAAGAAACUUACUGAGAGGACCUCAGUCCGAAUUCUGUUCUUUAAGAAUGGCAUGGGGCAGGAUGGACAUGAGAUUACAGUGGGAAAAGAAACAAUGGAAAAGAUUUUAGAUACUUGCACAAUGAGAAUGAAUCUAAAUUUACCAGCCAGAUAUUUUUAUGAUUUGUAUGGCAGAAAAAUUGAAGAUAUUUCAAAAGAAAAGCACUGAUUCUGAGAUGUGAUACUUCAUGGAUGCCAGAGGCAUUCGGAUUCAUGCCUCAUGCUUCACAUAUCCCAGAAGUAUGCUAUUAUCACAUUUUAAUGCAUGCCUUGCCCUCUGUUUUUGCAUCCUUAUAAAAGCUUAUGCCAGGUGAAAUUAGCCUAUGCAACCACUAACGUGGAAGCAUUACAAGUUCACUGGACUUAAAAUAUGUAAAGAAGCUAAUCCUGUUGGAGGAACUUCCAGUCUGUAGCACCUUGAUCACUUAACAUUAGGUUUUUGAACUUCUUUAUUUAUUUCUAUGAUGUUGUACAUCAAAUGAUUGAGGUCCCUAAACAUUUGUGUUUGAUGGUCUUCUAAACUUCAACUUGAGAAAGGUCAAGUUUUAUGUGAAAGUUAUCUUUUAAUUUAAACGAAUGCAGAUACUCUUUUGAUU